AUGGCGGAGGUGCCUCCAUUGACGCAUGCAGAGAACCGAGAGUUCCUUCGCAUUCUCCGGGAGGCCAGGCUACGGUCGGGAUGCGGCGGAGCUCCGGGGAAGGUGGAGGUCCAGUUCGACGACGUCAGUGUCCACGCCGGCGUGCCUGCACUGCCGGGCGUCCGCGCUGCCAAGGAAAUUCUAGAAUCUGCAUACCUUUGUGGCACACAGAGGACGGGAAUCAAAAUUCUCAACACGGCAAGUGGCACAAUACGAUCAUCAAGGAUGACUCUUGUUGUGGGAGCACCUGGAUCAGGAAAAACAACCUUUUUAAGAGCACUGGCUGGAAAAUUAGACCCCUCUUUGAAGUUCCAAGGGAAAGUAAUGUACAAUGGAGAAUCAAUUUCCUCUACACCUCACUACAUGCGUGCUUAUGUUAGCCAGUAUGAUCUUCACCAUGCUGAGAUGACAGUGAGAGAAACACUUAAUUUCUCUUCCAACAUGAUGGGUUCCAGCAACGACUUUGGUGUGCCCCUUGUGUUUCUUCUAUUGCUUACGCUAAAUUAG